AGUAGUAGUGGUGGUGGUGGUGAUCGGUGGAAGGUGGAAAAGUAUCGAGGAUCGGAGGCGUGCAGCAUCCGCAGACGCGUUUCGCGAGGCGCGGCUCUGCGGGUCAGUGCCCCCUCUGUCGGCUCGAGUCUCUCGUGUUCACUUGACUUUCCGCGGCAACGAGCAAAAAGGAGCGAAUAAAAAAGAAAACGCCCACACCUUCGAGGCAUCCUUAAUCCGAUUUCGAGGCGAGCCCGGUUAGAACGUAGCCCGGUUUCGAAGGAAGAAGCCGAGAGAAACUGAGAGACACGGACCUACGAACACGGAUGAGCAAACGGAUAGAAAGAAGGAAAGAAACGAAUACACGGAGAGAAAGAUCGAAAGCAUGGAAUCCGUUAGCGAUCGAAGCAACUGGUCGGCCGCUCGUUGACUCUCGGAUCGUUUGGCCUCGUGGUUCGGUCGUGCCAUGUCGAGCGUGCCAGCACCAACUACGUGAAGAAAACGUACAAGAGGGAAGAUGAACGUGCGGCCGACGAUGAGGAAAAAGAACGAGAGGUAGUAUCAAAGGAGCAGCGAUACUUUUAUGUCGUCGAAGAGGAGAGGAAUUUAGGUAAGGAAGGGGGCGCGUUCGAAGGGACAGAAGAGAUGAUCAUUCGAAGUUCGAUGGUCCUAGCCCUGGUCCUGGCAGUGUUGUCGGUGGACCAAAAUGGCGGCCAACCGAACGGCCAGGAGAGACACGCGUCCGAUUAUUUUUCACGCAAACUACCUCAAAGGGUGACGCGACUGGUGCCACGACGGUCACCGAUGUUACCACAGGACAGCGCGGCCGCGAUGGGCCUGGCGAUGCAGAGCAGAGCGGUCGAUACCAGGGUUCAACUGGAGGUCAGAGAAGGCGAGCCGAAGGGGACCCUGGUAGGCCUGAUACCGGUCAAGCCUGGCUUUACCUACAGGUUCAACGAGCCGCCGCAGGAAUUCGUGCUGGAUCCGGAAACCGGCAAGAUCAGAACGGCCAAAGUCCUCGACAGGGAAGCGUUGAGCAGCGAUAGGUUCGACCUGGUCGUGUUGUCCAGCCAGCCGACCUAUCCGAUCGAAGUGAGGAUCCUCGUGCUGGAUAUCAACGACAACGAUCCGGAAUUUCCGGAGUCCAGUAUAGCCGUGAGUUUCUCGGAAUCGGCGGUAGUGGGGACGAAAUUGUUGCUGGAUGCUGCCACGGAUAAGGAUACGCUGGAGAACGGCGUGGUCGACGAUUAUUUCAUCGUGAAUGGGAACACCGAUGGGAAAUUUCGUUUGGAAGUGACCGGUAAUCCGACCGGUGAAACGUCCUAUCUGCAUUUGGAAACGACGGGAAAAUUGGAUCGAGAACAGGUAGAAUUUUAUUCGUUGAACGUUUGCGCGAGGGACAGAGGCCGACCACCGAGGUUGGGUUAUCUUCUGGUAAACGUGACCGUGUUGGACGUGAACGAUAAUCCUCCGAUAUUCCAGCAGAGCGACUACGUGGUCGCUCUGAACGAGAGUGCCCCGGUAGGGACCAAAGUGUUGACGGUUCACGCGACGGACAAGGAUUCCGAGGACAAUUCCAAGCUGACGUAUUAUUUACCGGAUACCGAGAGACAGUUCACCAUAGACCCGGAAACAGGCACCAUAACGACGGUCGAGCCUCUGGAUUGUCCGCAACAGAGUUGCACGAUCGCGGCGCGUCUAGGAGACGGUUGUCCAAAGAGCUGCGUCAUAACGGUCUUUGCUCGAGAUCACGGCUCGCCGAGGCAGGAUGGCCGGACCUACGUAACGGUGAAUCUAUUGGACGCGAACGAUCACGAUCCUGAAAUAAAGUUCAGCUAUUUCCCAUCUACGCCGGGGUUCGCCACCGUCGACGAGAACGCCGCCAAGGAUUCGAUCGUGGCCGCAGUCGCGGUUAUCGACAACGACGAGGGUCUGAACGGCGAGACCACCGUGGAAAUUCGUGCUGGCAACGAAUUGGGCCACUUCAGACUGGACAAUACACCUAGUUUCGAUAUAGUUCGCGUGAACGGUCGAUUGGAUCGCGAGGAAAUACCGAAAUACAAUCUGACCGUGGUGGCGACCGAUAAAGGCACGCCGCCGCGAUCGGCAACCGCCUAUCUCGUGAUCCACGUGAACGACGUUAACGACCACGAACCGGUCUUUCAACAGAGCGAAUACUCCGCGGUGCUGUCGGAACUUUCGCCUACCGGCAGCUUCGUGGCUAGCAUCUCCGCGACGGACGCCGAUUCCGGAUUGAACGCGAGAAUAUAUUACGAUUUCGACUCGGGCAACGAGCAAGGUUGGUUCGCGAUCGAUCAGGACACCGGUCUGGUCACCACCGUGGCGACCCUCGACAGGGAGGUGCAAGGAAGCAUAGAGUUGCACGUGUCCGCCAGAGACGGUGGUCCGAAUCCCAAGUACGCUUCGACUCAUCUCAAGGUCACGAUUCUCGACGAGAACGACGAGGCGCCUAGAUUCUCGCAGAACGUGGUUCGCGUCACGCUGUCGGAGAAUACCCCGCCGCAGAGUCUCGUGGCAACGUUGACGGCGGUGGACAACGACCAAGGAACGAACGGUAGCGUCGCGUACAGCUUUCACUCGAGCGUGUCCCGGGACUAUCCGAAAACGUUCGCCCUCGACGGACUGACCGGCCAAUUGACCACGAAGGUGAACUUGGAUCGCGAGACCACCGCCGAAUAUCAGAUUCUGGUAAUCGCCAAGGACCAAGGUACACCGCCGCAAUCGUCCACCGCGACGGUGAUAUUGACUCUGGAGGACGUCAACGACAAUUCGCCGGUGUUUUAUCCGUGGAGGUACCUAAUGCCCAUACCGGAGGACGCUCCGCCAGGAACAUCGGUGGGCAAAGUGACGGCGACCGAUGCCGAUGCUCGAGAAAACGCACAGGUCAGAUACUCGCUGGAAUCCGGUGGCGAGGGACUCUUUACGGUCGACGAGAGAACCGGCGAGAUCACGCUUCAGGGUUCGUUGAGGGCGGCUCACAAGACCCUCUACGAAUUGAACAUAUCGGCCAAAGACACCGGGGACAGAGUGGCUGGCAGAAACGCUCUGGUUGAGAUCAUUCGCGAGGAAGACUUGGAACACCUGGAGUUCGACACUUACAACGGUUACGAGUUCAGGAUAGCCGAGGACAGGGGAGAAUGCGGCGCGAUGUCGAACGUGUUCGCUCGGGACGCUGGCACCGUACAGAUUACGCAAUACGACAGCUCCAAGAUCUCGUACGCCAUCGUGUUCGGCGAUCCGAAGGGUAACUUUAAGAUAGACGAGAGUACCGGCACGAUCAGUACUUCCGGGUGUUUAGAUCGGGAGCAGGUGGCUUACUACAGUCUGCAAUUAUCGGCCAGAGCCGGACUCGCUUACGGCCAAACGUCCGUAAACAUCACGGUGCUGGACAUUAACGACAAUCCGCCGAGGUUUCCCAAGGGCGAGAUCGGCGACGAGGUGCUUCUGAAGGAAAACGCGGCCGUAGGACAAGAGGUGUGCCUGGCUCGCGCCAGGGAUCGCGAUGCCAGCGCCAAUGCGAGGAUCGUCUAUUCGUUGACUCACAAUCCCGGAGGACAGUUCAGGGUGGCGGAAAAUUCUGGCAUUAUUUAUCUGGACAAGCCGAUACGAGCUGCGCCGGGAACGGUACUGCACCUGGAGGUAACCGCCACGGAUUCCGGAAAUCAGCCGUUAUCCGCUCAGCAUCAAGUCAGGGUAACCAUCGAAGACGUGAACGACCAUACGCCGGUGUUCAAGCUGACCAGCUACGAGACGUCGCUACCGGAGUCCACACCGGUGAACGAUAGAUUUUUCUCCCUGAUCGCUAUCGACGUCGAUCUCGGUGCUAACGGCCGGGUGUUGUACAGCAUAACCGACGGAAAUACCGAGGAUCGGUUCGGAAUAUUCCCGGACGGCCAGUUAUACGUGAAGAACGUUCUUGAUCGCGAGGAGCUGGACUAUUACGCGCUCGAGGUAACGGCCACCGAUCAAGGUAGCCCGUCUAGAAGCUCAGUAGUACCGGUGGUCGUUCACAUAAUCGACGAAAAUGACAACGCGCCGGAAUUCACCAAUUCGAGCUUCGUGCUCCACCUACGCGAGAACGAGCCACCGGACACGUUCGUCGGGAAAUUAUUGGCAACGGAUCGAGACGUGGGUCGCAACGCCGACCUCGUCUUCUCCCUUCCAGCUAGUCAACAGGACUUCACCGUCGAUCCCAGAAACGGUUUCAUCAAGUCUCUUCGAGUGUUCGACAGGGAGCUGCUGGUAACCAAUACCGGUAGCAGCUACAUUACCUUGGAGGCUACCGUCACCGACAACGGAGUCAAUCGACUUCGCGAUCGAGUCAAGGUCGUCAUCUACAUCACCGACGUCAACGACAAUAUCCCUCAGUUUCAGAGGUUACCGUACAGGGUACAGGUAAACGAGGGUGCGGCGAUCGGCACGCAACUGUUACGAGUGUACACCACGGAUGCCGACGAAGGAUUGAACGGGGACGUGUUUUACUCUCUGGAGGAUGGAAAUCAACACGGCCGGUUUGCCAUAGACGAGGCGACCGGACAGAUCUCUCUGACGAAGGAGUUGGACCGCGAGACUACGGACGCGUACGUGUUGACCGUAGUGGCGCACGACGCCGGCUUGGAAACUCGUCUGUCCUCGAGCACGACCGUUCACAUCGAAGUGCUCGACGAGAACGAUAACGUGCCCCUGUUCGUCGACGAUAAAUCAAGCAUCUCCGUUCUCGAAACGACACCGACCAACACGGAACUACUUAGGUUCAAAGCCACGGAUAACGAUCUGGGACCGAACAGCGAGCUAGCCUUCGCCAUAUCCGCUGGCAACAGGAGGGACACCUUUUACAUCGAUCCUCUGACAGGGACGUUGUACUUGAGAAAGCCGCUGGAUUAUGAGGAGUUGGAAAAGUAUACGCUGAACGUGACCUGCAGCGACGGCGGUCAUCCGAGGUUGAGCUCCGUUACCACGCUGAUCGUCGAGGUUAUCGAUGCCAACGACAAUCCGCCGGUGUUCCCCAACACCGCGAUAGCCAGACAAAUUAGAGAGGGAAUUCUGGUGCACACGCCGAUAGUAACCAUCACGGCGGAGGAUCCCGACUCGAACGAGAACGGAGUGGUCACGUACUCUAUCGCUAGUCAAGAUCCGGAGGAUCAGGUUCGAAGAUUCGGUAUAAAUCCAUCCACCGGUGUCAUACACACCCUGUUGCCGAUCGAUCGCGAGGAAGUCGACACCUACAAGUUGGUGGUCGUGGCGACCGACAGCGCUCAACCAGCUAGCGCCAGGCUGUCCGCGGAAAAAUUGGUCAUCGUUAUCGUCGAGGACAUCAACGACAACGCGCCGAUCUUUGUCAGCAUGUCCGCCGUCGUGUUACCGCUCAAAGGAAAUUACUAUCAGUACCAAAAGGAGAUCACGGUUACUCAGUUGGUCGCCAGAGAUCUGGACUCGAGCACCAACGGUUUGGUCACUUACGAAUUACUUAGAUCGAGCAUCAACUAUCCGGACAUGUUUCGAAUCCAUCGAAACACCGGCCACCUGACGAUAAGACUGCCGCGAUCCCUGAAGAGCAGCUUCGAACGGGUCUCCAAGUAUCAAGUAGGGAUCCGCGCUACGGACGAGGCCGUUCAGGCGGAACGAAGAUCCACGGAGACCUAUUUGACCCUGAUAGUGCCCGGGGAAGAUGGGGACGAUCAACCAAUAUGGGAGCACCGUGGCCAGAUCGAGGGCAGCGUGUACGAGAACGAGCCGAUCGGCACGAGCAUUUUGAGAGUGAGUGCUCGCAGUCGUAGAUCGAAUAUCGAUCUCGAAUACUACGUGACGAACGUGACUGCUGGUAGCGGCGGUCCGCAGGUCGACAGAUUGUUCGACGUCGACACGAAGACAGGUAUAUUGUCGACGGCUGCCGCGCUGGACAGGGAAACAGGAAUCCAGUGGUACGAGGUGGAGCUGUACGCCAUCGGUGUUGGUGGUACCAGGCCCAGUACGACGUCCACCAAAGUUCGCGUGACGGUUCUAGACAAGAAUGACGUGGCACCGACCUGGGGAACCGGCACCUGGAAAUUCAAAAUCUCCGAGGAGGCGCCGCCUAACACCGUUGUCACGGUCUUGAAAGCGUACGAUCCGGAUACGAUCGGAACCUUGACUUACACCCUGGUACCGAAUCAUCGGCCCGAUCCAGGUCCUGGCACCGCUCUUGGUUUCUACCCGGCCAGCCAACACGAGCUUCAAGACGAAAGCCAAUGUCAGUUCAGACUUCAUCCGACCACGGGACAACUGACACUCGCCGAGGCUCUCGACAGAGAGACCAGAGAAAAGUAUGUCCUGAAAGUUCGAGCCGAUGAUGGAUUGCAACACACGGACAUCGCGUUAACCAUUCAGGUGACCGACACCAACGACAAUGCACCGACGUUCCAGAGCACCGCGUAUUCGUUCGACGUGCCGGAGAACGUGCCAAGGGGCAGCCGAAUAGGUCAGGUCGUCGCCACUGACGCAGACGCCAACGGGCCCAACAGUCAACUCAGCUACACUUUGAUUUCCGACUGGGCCAACGACGUUUUUUCUCUGAAUCCUAGCACCGGCGUGUUCACGUUGACGGCCAGCCUUGACUACGAACAGGUGCAGCACUACAUUUUGGUAGUCCAAGCGACAGACGGCGGCAUCCCGGCGCUUUCCUCGACGGUGACGGUCUACUGCAACGUCGUCGACUUGAACGACAACGCGCCGAUCUUCGAGGCGGGUCCGCACGCCGCGGAUAUCGUCGAGAAUACGACGAUCGGUACACCGAUUCUAUCCGUGGCCGCCCAGGACCUGGACUCCGGAGAUAACGGCAGGGUAAUUUACGCUGUCGCCGGCGGUGACGAGAACGGUGACUUCGGAGUGGCACCAAACGGCACCCUUUACACUCGGAAGUUACUCGACAGAGAACAAAAGCCACUUUACAAUUUGAUCCUCAGCGCCACCGAUAGCCCUUUGCCACCUGCUCUGCCUUUGUCUUCCACCGUACAGGUGACCGUGGUGUUGCUGGACGUAAACGACAUGUCGCCGGAGUUCAUAUCACCGACGAAGAUUUCGAUAAUAGAGAACGCGCCGAGCAACACGGUAGUGAUGGCCAUUAAGGCGGUGGACAGGGACGAAGGACGGAACGGAUACGUGGAGUACUCCCUCGAGGACACGACGCUUCCCUUCACCGUUGGUCCCGUAGAUGGACUAUUGCGCGUAUCUGGCUCGUUGGAUCGCGAAUUAAGGUCAAACUACACCUUGGAAGUAACCGCGAAAGACCGCGGUGAACCACCGAGAUCGUCCUCGACCGCAGUCACUGUCACGGUCCUCGACGAGAACGACAAUUCGCCGGUGUUCGAUCCGAGACAGUACUCGGCCACUGUUGCCGAGAACGCCAGUAUCGGGGCUAGCGUGCUGCAGGUAUCGGCGAUGGAUCGCGACGAGGGUGCGAAUGGAAGGGUGAGAUACGGUAUCGCGAUGGGAGACGAUAACAGAGAUUUCACCAUUUCCGAGGACGGCGGUGUCAUCAGAGUGGCGAAGAAUCUCAACUUUGAACGGAAAUCCAGGUACUAUUUGACGAUAAGGGGUGAGGAUUGUGCCUCGGAAGUAGGCGAAACACCACGGGGCGAUACCGCUCAGGUCACCAUCACUGUCAUCGAUAUAAACGACAAUGCACCGGUUUUCUUGGAUUCGCCCUAUUUGGCGCACGUUAUGGAGAAUAUGGUACCACCUGGGGGCGGAUUCGUGAUACAGGUCAAAGCUUACGACGCGGAUACUCCACCUUACAACGACCAAGUGAGGUACUUUUUGAAGGAAGGUGACACGGAUUUGUUUCGAAUAAACGCGAGUACCGGCGACAUUUUUCUGCUUCGACCCCUCGACAGAGAACUGGUGCCGGAGUACACCCUGACGUUAGUGGCCAUGGAUACCGGUUCUCCGCCUUUGACUGGAUCGGGCAUCGUUAGAAUCGUCGUGCUCGAUGUCAACGAUCACAUUCCGGAAUUCACCAGGCAGGAAUACAGGGCAACGGUUACCGAAAACCUGGCUUCCGGAACGUGGGUCACCAAACCUCACGCCACGGACAAAGACGAAGGCCUCAACGCCAAAAUCAGGUACAGUCUGCUGGGAGAAAAUUCGGAACGUUUCACCGUUGAACCCGACACUGGAGAAGUGUUCACGGUGGUACCGCUCGAUCGGGAACAAACCUCGGUCUACCAUUUGACUUUGGUCGCUCAAGAUUCGAGCCCCACGGAACCUCAGGCCUCCGCCGUCAAUCUGACGAUCUUCGUGAAGGACGUGAACGACAAUGCCCCUAGAUUUUCUAGUCCAAGAUACACGGCCUACGUGCCGGGUGCAACCAAACCAGGGGAUUUCGUGUUCGGCGCGAAAGCGGUGGACGACGACGACGGAGAGAAUUCCCGGAUCGUGUAUCGUCUCCAGGGAAUCGAUGCGGAGAAGUUCGUGAUCGAUCCGAACAGCGGAGUGAUAAGGACGACACAGGAAUUGGCCAAUGACGAAACCACCUACCAAUUGCAAAUCCAAGCGUCCGAUUGCGGCGUCAAGCCGCAAACGGUCACCGCCGACUUGGUGAUACACCUGUGGGAGAGGCAACUGUUUCCCAGCUUUCGAUCCACCAUUAGCACCAGGUUCACGUUACCGGAAGACGUUCCAGAGGGUCGGGUGAUCACGAAAUUGAGCGCGACCACGCCGAAAGUUGGAACCGCCAGCAAUCUGGUCUAUGGAAUGGCUGGUGGGAACGUCGGCGAUGCGCUCAAGAUCGAUCCUCACACCGGAGAGGUGUUAGUCGCGUCUGGAUUCGAUUACGAAACCGCGCCGUUCUACGAAGCCUGGGUAGAGGUUCGUGAUUCGGACACUCCGGCUCUCAGGAGCGUUGUGCAACUGCUCGUGAAUGUUACGGACGCCAAUGAUAAUGCACCGAUAAUGGAGGCGGCCAUUUACAACGCUACGGUUCCCGAGGACGAGUACCCGCCUCUCUUCGUCAACAAAGUCUCGGCGAACGAUCGCGAUUCCGGCGAGAACGGCCAAGUGUCCUAUUACCUGGUCAACGAUUUCACCGAGACUUUCGUCAUCGAUUCCGAUACAGGAGAGAUUAGCACGAACGCGAAACUGGACCGCGAGGAGAUCGCCUCUUACGAGUUGAUCGUAGAAGCACGGGAUCAAGGACAGCCGUCGCUUACAGGCACCGCGACCGUGUUGCUCACCGUGUUGGACAAAAACGACAAUCCCCCGCAAUUCACUCGACUAUUCAGCGUGAACGUUACGGAGAACGCGGAGAUCGGCACGUUCGUCAUAAGAAUCACGAGCAGCGACCUGGACAUCGGUCAAAACGCUAACGUCACCUACAGGUUCACGGAAAAUCCCGGCGAGAAGUUCGCCAUGGACGCUCUUAGCGGUAACGUUACCGUGGAUGGGCACUUAGACAGAGAAGAACGGGACGAAUAUCUGUUAAAGGUUCGCGUUGAUCGACGAAAACGAGCCUUCGUCCAUCGCACAAUUUUCACUAACCGAUCGUUCGUAUUGUUACAGUUGGUGGUAGCGGACGGUGCUUGGCAAGCGGCAACCGUCCUUACCAUUACCAUCCAAGAUCAGAACGACAACCCUCCGGAAUUCGACGAAGAAUCUUAUCACUUUCAUUUCCCCGAGCUUCAACCGCCUGUUGCGCACGUUGGCCAAGUCACCGCAAUCGAUCGCGAUAAACAAGGUCCGAACUCCGUGAUAUCCUACAGCCUGUUGCAACCGUCCGACCUCUUCACCGUUGAUCCAGCCACCGGUGACGUUUUCAGCAAGAAGACUCUCAAGUACAAACACACUCAUCGGCCGUCCUCGCCGGAAAACCUAUACUCGCUGACGGUCGUAGCUACCGACAACGGGAAACCUCCGUUGUCCUCGAAGACGGUGGUUUACGUGAACGUAGUGGACGCGAACAACAACGCGCCGAGAUUCGACCAGAGAUCUUAUCUCUAUCCCGUGCCGGAAAAUUACGGAGUCGGCAAGAGGGUGGUGCAAUUGAUGGCGAAAGACGAUGCCGACUUUGGCGUGAACGCAGAGAUCAGUUACUUCAUGACGAACGUUAACGGGACCGAAUACUUUUCGAUCGACGAGAAAUCCGGAUGGGUGUACGUUCGAAAUACGUUGUCCAACGUGCCGGUGAGAACCACCUUCUUGUUGAAGGUUCAAGCGAUCGACAAAGGCGUGCCACCGCAGAAGGACGAGGUCUCGUUGACCUUGGUUAUAUCCGGAGAGAACAAACACGCUCCCACGUUCGCCGCUGUUAGCCAUCAGGUGAGAGUUCCGGAAAACGAACCUGUCAACACCACCAUUCUAACGGUCAGUGCCACCGACGGCGAUGACGGGCCGAACGGAAUGAUCAGAUACAAAAUAUCGGCUGGAAACGAAAAGAACGAGUUCUUCGUGCACUCGAUCACCGGCGCGGUAACCAUACUCGAGCCUCUGGAUUACGAUCUGGUGCAAGAGUAUAAAUUGAACAUCACCGCUACGGACCUGGGAUUCGAACCGAAGCAAGCCGUUGCUAUAUUGACAGUGAACGUCUCCGAUAUCAACGACAAUCCGCCGACGUUUAAUCAGAGCAUUUACGAAGCCUACCUGCCUGAAAAUUCUCCGCCAGAUAGUUUCGUUUAUAAGGUGAUCGCCCGAGACAUCGACUCGCCCAAGUACGCCGUGAUCCAGUACAAAAUUCUCGGAGGAACUGGCAAGGAUCACUUUCGUAUUCGCGAGGAUACCGGCGAGAUCGCUUCUUUGAUCAGUUUCGACUACGAGGAGGCCAACGAGUACACGUUGGACAUAGUCGCCGCCAAUCCGGACUCGAAUCCGCAAAUGGUCGGCUUCACCACGGUUCUUGUACACAUCACAGGCGUGAACGAAUACUAUCCCAAGUUCAUUCAACCGGUGUUUCACAUGGACGUGUCGGAAAGCGCAGAAGUUGGCACGUCCGUUGGCCUGGUUCAGGCAACCGAUCAGGACGCGGGCGAAGAUGGAAGAGUCUACUACCUGUUCGUCGGCUCGUCCAACGACCGCGGCUUCUCGAUCGGCUCCGAGACCGGGAUAAUUCGUGUCUCGCGAAGAUUAGACCGUGAAACGCAGAACAGAGUGGUGUUAACCGUGAUGACGAAGAACGGUGGUGGAAUUCGUGGCAACGACACGGACGAAGCUCAGGUUAUAGUCUCGAUUCAAGAUGGAAACGAUCCUCCGGAGUUCCUGCAAAGUACCUAUGACGCUACCGUGUCCGAAGGUGCGGCGCACGGCACGCGAGUUUUGACCGUUAGAGCGGUCGACAAGGAUAUAAAGCCGCAGAACAAUCAGUUCUCCUACUCGAUCAUCAGCGGAAAUCUGGGCCAAGCGUUCAAGGUGGACCCGCAGACCGGAGAUAUAGAAACUGCCAAACAACUGGACCGAGAAACGAUCCCGAUUUACGAUUUGACGAUCGGUGCCAUCGAUACCGGGUCUCCGCCGCAAACCGGCACCGCGGCUAUUCACAUCGAACUUUUGGAUAUCAACGAUAACGGGCCUACCUUCGAUCCACCAGAAGUGGUGGGCUACGUGAACGAGAACGAACCAGCUGGGACGAUCGUGAUGACACUGAGCGCCACUGAUCCUGACCUACCACCGAACGGGGCGCCGUUUACGUACAAGUUGGUUGGUGGAAGACAGAGCGAUAUGGUUACCUUGGACAAGCAUACCGGGGUAUUGAAAACUACGAGAAGUUUGGACAGAGAAGCUAUGCCUCAGUUGGAUCUUGUGGUCGAAGUGGAAGAUUCCGGAGUACCGAGAAUGAGAAGCGAGCACACGAUAACCGUGAUCGUCACGGAUCAAAACGAUAGUCCAUCGUCGCCGAGAUCGGUUCACGUGAUAGUACACUCUUUCAACGAGCAGAUACCAUUGGGAAAGAUCGCCGACGUACAUCCUAACGAUCCCGAUGUCACCGGUAGCUAUUCCUGUAAGAUACUCCAAGGAUCGAAUCCGAAAAUUCUUAGUAUUCCUAGCGCUUGCGAUCUUCACACGAAAAAGAUAACACCAGGAGUCGGCUACUCUUUAAGCGUGUCUGGGAACGACGGUCGCCAUCCUAACGUGGUAUCCAAGGUCACAGUGGAAUUUCUCGUUUUCACCAACAGCACGAUCGAAAAUAGCGUGACCCUGCAAGUAACGAAACUAAGCUCGAGAGAUUUUUUAGGUCAGUAUUAUCGUGCUCUGCUGGACGUUCUGCAGGAAGAGGUCGAUGUUGGAGACACCCUUAAGAUCUUCAGUCUUGGAGAGACUGGAUCCGACUUGAACAUCCACGUGGCAGUAGAGUCGCCUGAAGGAUACCGCAGCAAAUACGAUGUCACCGAAUUGCUAAACCGUAAUCGGGACAAAAUCCGAUCGCUUCUCCAGGGAAUGACCUUCACCGUUGGCUACUCGCCGUGCAAGCACAUACCUUGCGAGAACGGCGGCUCUUGCAGCGAUAAGUUGGUCAUCUACGAUGACGCUAGAAUCACCGACAGCCAAGCGCUGAUUCUCACGUCGCCGAGGAUGAUGCACGAGAUGACCUGCAAGUGCCGCGACGGUUUCACCGGCGAUAAAUGCGAAAGAAGACAAGAUCCUUGCUCUCCGAAUCCUUGCUUAUUGGGAGGACAGUGUCGACGACUGGGAUACGAUUUCCAGUGUACCUGUCCGAUCGAUCGCGACGGAAAGCUAUGCGAACUGGAAAGAGGCGAUGCAUGCGCGAGUAAUCCAUGCAGGAACGGUGGAUCGUGCAGGAAGAGUCCCGAUAGCUUCAGUUUCUUCUGUCUAUGUCGAGCUGGUUACAGAGGAAACCACUGCGAGGCGGUUACCGACUCUUGCAGACCGAAUCCUUGUCUCUAUGGAGGUUUAUGCGUAGGAGAAAAACCUGGGUACACGUGUAGCUGUCCAGAGGGUCGUUACGGAAGACACUGCGAACGAUCCACGUUUGGCUUCGACGAAUUGUCUUAUAUGACUUUCCCAGCCUUGGAUUCCAACACCAACGACAUAACCAUCGUGUUUGCCACUACGAAACCAGACGCCCUACUGCUGUAUAAUUACGCGCCACAAGCCGGAGGACGUUCAGACUUCGUGGUAUUGGAGCUGGUGGACGGAAGAGUGGUGUUUUCAUACGGAGGUGCAAGAAGCGCCAUCACCUCGGUCACCAUAAAAACGGAGAACUCCGUGUCGGACGGAGAAUGGAGGAAGGUAACGGCUACUAGAAACGGCAGGGUCGUGUCCUUGAGCGUGUCCAUGUGCAGAGAACAUGGAGAUAUCUGCGACGAUUGUAGACCCGGCGAUGGCACUUGCUACGCGGACGACGUAGGACCAACCGGGACUCUGAAUUUCAACAACAAUCCGCUUCUGGUGGGAGGACUGGAAAACGCAGAUCCGGUGCUCGAGAGACCAGGCCAAGUGCAUUCCGACGAUUUCGUCGGCUGCGUCCACUCGGUUUCCAUAAAUGGAAGAGCAUUGAAUCUGUCGAAUCCGCUAGCAUCGCGCGGCGUUAAGUCCACCUGCAUCAGAUCGAACAACAAUUCUUGCUCGAGAGGUGGAAAGGACUCGGCCAGCGUUUGCGGUGCGAAUUCCAAGUGUUACGACAAGUGGCAUCAAGUGACCUGCCAGUGCGGUUCUGUAACCGCGCCCAAUUGCGAAGCAGCUCUCGAAUCGAUAACGUUGAGCGAGGGUGGAUACGUCGAGUUUAAAAUUUCGGAGAAACACAGAAGAAUGCAGUUAUUGGAAUAUCUUUACAGAGGCUCGACCUUGUGGCAUAAGAAUCGAGCGAAACGCACCGUCAGCGAAGACACCAGCUUCAUAACCAAUCCAUCGCCCUUCAAAACGAUCGGUUUGAUGUUCAGAACGGUCAAAUCCGAUGGUAUUCUCGUGUACGCCGCGACCAACAAACACUUUACAUCGGUAGAGCUUCGCAACGGGCAACUAUUCUACGCGUCUCUUCUCGGAUCGCCAGUGAACAUGACCGCGAACAUCGAAGGAGGCUUGGCGGAUGGCCGUUGGCACAACCUGACCCUGCACUCUUACUUUCGAGGCUUAAGACUGUUCGUCGACGGCGUUCAAACCGGCGAGGAAUUAGACCCUGUCGGUGUCCACGACUUCCUGGACCCGUAUCUAUCCGUCCUAUCGAUCGGUGGGGUUAGCCAAGACCUGUAUUACGCUCACAGCGCUGGCGCUAGGAGUUUCGAGGGUUGUUUGGCCAACUUCACCAUCAACAACGAGAUUCAGCCGUUCAACGGGUCCGGCUCGAUCUUCAAGGAGGUGCUGUAUCACGCGAAGGUGAGCACCGGAUGCAGAGGACCGAUCGGAAUCAGCGCAGCGGCCACGGCCGAUCCUCUCAGCAUAGGAAUCACCCUGGUCAUAGUGUUCUUCGUUAUUCUGCUGAUCGCUAUACUGGUCAGUUUCAUCGUAUUCCGUUUAAGACGACAGAACAAGGAAAAGUCAGCUCCAUCGGUGGUGAACAAAAAUACCAACGCCAUAAUGACUGGAAAUCCGUUGGUUGGCUCGGGUAACGAUAAUCUGAUGUCUCGCCACGAAAACACCUAUAUAUCCGACACGUCCGACCUACGAGGCGUGGGUCACAUGGGCCCGGAAUUGAUCUCGAAAAAGUACAAGGAACGAGAAAUUAACGCGACCACCGAACAUCGACCUCAGAGGCCGGACAUCAUCGAGAGAGAAGUAACGAAAUCGCCGCCCAUUCGAGACGAACAUCCUCCCCUGCCUCCACCUGCUCAAACUUCUCUGCAUUCUCACGAACACAAUCCAGAACCUGACAUGCCCGAGCACUACGACUUGGAAAACGCGAGUUCCAUAGCACCGAGCGACAUCGAUAUCGUCUAUCAUUAUAAAGGUUAUCGGGAUGGUAUGCGGAAGUACAAAGCCACUCCUCCGCCUAUUAACAACUACGCCAACCAUCAUAAGCAUGCGGGUCAACAACACAGACACACCGGACCGUUCCCACCGCGCGCCUUGCCACCUCCGAACGUGAGCCAACCGCCAGGACCGACCCAGAAACUGUUACAGAGCACCCCGUUAGCCAGGCUAUCGCCUAGCAGCGAGCUAUCCGCUCAACAACCGAGAAUACUAACGUUGCACGACAUCAGUGGCAAACCUCUGCAAAGCGCUCUGUUGGCCACCACGUCUUCCUCCGGCGGAGUAGGCAAAGACGCUUUAAACUCCAACAGCGAGAGAAGUUUAAACUCGCCGAUCAUGAGUCAACUGUCCGGAUCAACGGCCAGUCGAAAGGCGCCUCAAUCGAACAACGAAAAUUCCGUGAACAACGUAUCUUCCGGACCGAUGGGAUUAACAGCGGAAGAGAUCGAAAGACUGAACUCGAGGCCGAGAACCUCGAGCCUCGUGUCCACUUUAGACGCCGUAAGUUCCUCCAGCGAAGCCAGAGGACCGCCCACCCACGGUCCUCUGCAUCUCCACCGACGACACACGCCACCGGUCGAGAGACUCGAACGAAGAAACUCGUCGACAACGGACGAAAGCGGCAACGACAGUUUCACCUGCUCGGAAUACGACAACACCUCGUUGGUCGGUGACAAACGGUCGGACAAUCCGUUCGCGAAACAAGACGACGAAGAAGUUAAUCAACGAAGCAACGAGUCCUCCCAAACGACGAAACCACCCCUGCCACCAAACGUCAAUUACGACGGUUUCGACAGCUCGUUCCGUGGAUCUCUCAGUACUUUGGUAGCCUCCGACGACGACCUAUCGACGCACAUGGGAGGAUUGUACAGACCGAACAACAGCGGAUCGCCAUCCACGACAACCACCGCGCUAAGUUGGGACUAUCUGUUGAAUUGGGGACUGAACUUUGAUAGUUUGGUCGGAGUGUUCAUCGAUAUCGCCGAACUACCGGACAGUGCCAAUCGUGUUCCAAGUACGCUUAGAUUACCAGCUAGUAUACCUAAGCCAUCCGAGGAAUACGUCUGAAGAGCGUUUCAACGUUCGUUAUAAUAGAAUCGUUAGAUAGCAUAGUUCUUAGAAAGAGCUACGACACAACGAUGCCGCUUUUUUUCUUUAAAUUGAAGAAGUUCAGCUAGACGAAAGGUACGCGUGAAUAACCAAAAUACCAUCGCGAAUGGAAUACGCUUUAAUCGUCGAUUAGGCGAGCGACAAAAAUCGUAAGGAGUAACGCGAGCGAUAGAAGAACGAAGGAGGACGUUUUCUAGAAUCGUAGGAACGAGCAGCGUCGUUACAUUUUUCCUGGAUUUUCCUGGCUCGUUCGAUAGCUCAAGAUUGCUGCUCUGCGAAGAACGUAACCGUUAUCUUGCCAUAAUAACAGAACUCGAGUUACGCCAUGAUUCGUCUCGAACUCGUCUGGACUUUGUAUCGUGUCGAGACGGUAUUGUGAAUUUGUAAAUAAUCCGCGAUUUUUUUCAAGUGUACCGAGACUACCUUUAUCGUUAGAAAUACGAGCCACGAUGCUUUCGUCGAAUUUUAACGAAUUUGUAUCGCGUAUCGACCUGACAAUCGCCUUGUAACACUUAACUUUCGCUGUUAGCAACGAAUUUCGUUACGAGAAUUCGACAGUCGAUGAGAAAUGGAAUUAUUGUGCGACUGUAUCGCCAACAAUUAUAUAAAUAACUAUUAUAAGUACACUAGGUUUCCUUGUAUAUAAAGUAUUUUGAGACGCUCUGUGCCAGAUAAUCUCGAUACAGUCGCGCAAUACCAAACGACGAUUAAUUAAGUGAAGAGUCAAGCGAUUUUAAACGAAAUAGAGGGAAAGGCAUCGAUCUUUUCUCUACGCUUUUUGCGUUCCUGAUGGUAGCCGUCGAAUCGCGACGACUGCACAGCUACUCGUUCAACGUUCCGUUAAGAUCGCUAAAGUAAUCGACCAACUUUGAAAUUCGUUAAACGUCUCGCUUAUACGCGGUUGUAUUUUACAGCAUUUCAUCGAGAACGUUGAACAGAGUGUAAUUGCCAGACUGAUUUUUCCCACGAAGUUUCGAAGCGUUAUAAUAGAUUAUACUACAAUACCAUCGAUCGUCAAAAUUUUGUAAAUUACGCGAAUUGCCCGUUGUAAAUAUCGUAUGCCUGAUCUGUACAAAAUGUGUGAAUGAGCCGCGUGUGUACUACUUUAUCAUCGAUCGUAUUUGUAAUAAACAAGACAUUUGUAAAAAAAAGAAAAGAGAGAGAAAAAUCGAUCAUAUUCUAUUCCUUCCUACCUGAAGCUUUUUUCUUAGAAUAUCCCAUCCGAUUUUAUACCGCACAACGAUAUCACAAACGCGAAGACAUUCGACUGACGUUUCUCGUCCUGAACGUAUUUCGAGUCCUCUAUCGUUUCGAUAUUCGUCUCGAAAACAGG